AUGCCAAGCGUCUCUACUGUCAAUCUCACGGCACCGCUCCUCCUCCUGUUGCUAUGGGCGACGCAGCCCACCACGGCAACCAACUGGCUCUCCUUGGCGAGGCUGCCUCGCUCCAGGCCCGUGUCUGGCGCCGCCCCCUGUGCGCGGCUAAGGGGGCUGACCCCAGGGCAGGUGGGGGUGUGCAGGGCACGGGGGGAGGUCAUGGAGUCCGUACGGAAAGCUGCUGAGAUGGUCAUAGAGGAGUGUCAGCACCAGUUCCGGAACCGCCGCUGGAACUGUUCCACUACCCCGCGAGGGAUCAAUGUAUUUGGCAGAGUCAUGAACCAAGGCACUCGCGAGGCAGCCUUCGUGCACGCUCUGUCCUCUGCAGCCGUGGCGGUGGCCGUGACCCGGGCGUGCACGCGCGGCGAGCUGGAGCGGUGCGGCUGUGACAGGAAGGUCAGAGGGGUGAGCCCCGAGGGUUUUCAAUGGUCUGGCUGCAGUGACAACCUAUCCUAUGGAGUGGGCUUCUCACAAACUUUUGUGGAUGAACCAGAACGAGCCCGAGGUCUAUCGGCCGGCCGACCGCUAAUGAACCUUCACAACAACGAAGCCGGCCGAAAGGCCAUCCUUCACAACAUGCAGUUAGAGUGCAAGUGUCACGGCGUGUCUGGCUCCUGUGAGUUGAGGACCUGCUGGAAAGUCAUGCCGCCUUUCCGGCGUGUCAGCAUCGUGCUAAAGGAGCGCUUUGACGGAGCAACGGAGGUACGCCUGACUCGAAUCGGAUCCAGGACUGCUCUGCUCCCUCGUGACCCACUAGUGAAACCCCCUGCUGCCAGAGACCUGGUGUACCUUGCACCUUCUCCAGACUUCUGUCUCCUGGACCCUGACAACGGUAUUCCUGGGACCGCCGGCAGGAGAUGUAAUGGAACCUCCCGAUUGGCACCCGACGGCUGCGAGCUGGUUUGCUGCGGGCCCGGCUACAAAGCGGGCCGGGCUGAGGUGGUGCAGCGGUGCUCCUGCAAGUUCUCCUGGUGUUGCUCGGUCCGCUGCCAGCAGUGCAAGAACACGGUCACCAUUCACACCUGCAGAGUUUAA